GCUCACCAAGAUGCUCAGGCAGUGUCGGCAGCCCUUUGCACGUCUCGCCCGUCCCUCGCUUCCCUUAUCGUCCCGCAUAUUGUCGAGAGCUUCGGCUCGGCACCCUGUUCGGGCCGCAUCCUCCAGUUCUGCUUCCAACUCCAACUCCAGCUCUAGUUCUAGCAGCGGCGACCCGAGCGCUUCCUCGACAUCCUCCUCGUCCUCACGCGCAGCGUCCAUCCUCGGUAUCUCCCUUGCUAGCAUCCUCGUGGGGUAUGGCAUCGCGUCGGUUUACCCCGCUCGCUCCCCCGACUCUUCCGCACGUUCCGAACCCCAAUAUGGCACACCUGAAGACUUCAAGCGUGCGAUAGCAGAGCUCAAGGAGCUGUUUGGCCCCGACGCAGAGGACAUCAUCUCGACGCACCCGGAGGAGCUGCGAAUACACGGGUUCUCGGAGAAUGACUACCACCCCGGCGCACUUCACACCGUGGUCUUGUUUCCGCGCUCGACGGAGGAUGUAGUCAAGAUCGUCAGAACCGCGACCAAAUACCGCAUGCCGAUCAUCCCAUUCUCGGGAGGCACGAGUCUCGAGGGGCAUUUUCGAGGCAGCGAAGUGGGCGGUAUAUGUCUCAACAUGGCUUCAAUGGAUCAGAUCCUCGAGAUUAACGAGCAAGAUUCGGACAUGAUAGUUCAGCCUGGCAUCGGCUGGAUGACGAUCAAUGAGGAGCUCAAGGAGAGAGGCAUCCCACUGUUCUUCCCGCUCGAUCCUGCGCCUGGCGCGACCAUAGGUGGGAUGUUGAGCACAGGAUGCUCCGGCACGAAUGCGGUGCGCUAUGGUACGGCCAAGGGAGAGUGGUUCUUGAACGCGACGGUUGUGCUGCCCUCCGGAGAGGUGAUAAAAACUCGUCGGCGUGCGCGCAAGUCGUCAGCGGGAUUCGACCUAACAAAACUGUUCAUUGGCGCGGAGGGCACGCUCGGCAUUGUGACUGAAGUUACCAUUCGGCUCGCACCAGUCCUCCCUACGACCGUAGCGGUAGUGCACUUCCCCGACGUCAAGCGUGCCACCGAAGCCGUGAUCGACGUGAUGAACCGCGGCGUCGGCAUACAAUGCGUCGAGCUGUGUGACACCGAGUUCAUGCGCUCCGUGAACCUCUUUGGGUCCUCGCAGCGCACGUACCCGGAGCGCGACUCACUCUUCUUCAAGUUCCAGGGACCGACGCCCGCCGCGCUCGCCGAGACGGCCAAGAUCGUCCGCGAGGUCGUCAAGAAGCACGGCGGGGAUGGCUUCGAUGUCGCGCGGAGCGACCGCGAGGCGGCGGACCUAUGGGCGGACAGGAAGAACGCGCUUUAUUCGGGCCUGGCGCUCGUGGAUGGGGCGAGGGGGUGGAGUACGGAUGUUUGUGUACCGGUGUCGAAGCUGCCUCAGCUUGUUCUGGAGACGAAGCAGGAUCUCGCGGAGAUUGGGCUGGUGUCGACGAUUGUUGGACAUGUUGGUGAUGGCAACUUCCAUGCCCUCAUAUUAUUCCGCAAUGACGAGGAGCUCGAGGUCGCGCGUCACGCCGUACACCGAAUGGUUGAACGCGCGAUUAAGCUUGAUGGAACAUGCACGGGCGAACACGGCGUCGGCAUUGGAAAGCGGCAGUACCUGUAUGAGGAACUCGGCGAAGGCACGGUCGAGCUCAUGCGGACCAUCAAGAAAGUGGUCGAUCCUCUGGAAUUAUUUAACCCUGGAAAGUUAUACCCUGACGCCUCGGAUGCCCCAAGCAAGAAGAAUACCCCACCUUCUCAUUAGCGCUCUCGAAGUUCAGCUGAUUUCUAUGGAUUCUACACCGGGACCCAGAUACGGCUAUCUAUAUUGCCUGUCUCAUUAUAGGCCCAAAACCAAAAGCAUCAACCAAAAUCACUCCACUCGUUCUCAUCAGUGUGCAUCUUGUACUUAUCUUGUGCAGUAACUAUCCUUACUAUCUCCCUGGACAAUUCCUGCUCUAGACUGCUUAUUCGCACUGCGAUUCGUUCCUGCUGUUUACCCUGUACUCGGUUAUACCCGGUUUUACAACUAUACAGCUCUGACAUGGC